AUGGGGGUGGGCCCCGGGGGCCGCGGGGCGGAGCUGCUGCGCAGCAGCAGCAGCAAAAUAGAGUGGGCCCCCGAAAGAAAUGUGACAAAAAAAGUGGAGGAGCUGCAGCUGGUUGUCGAGGCCGACUACGAUAUCGGGAUUAGGAUUCGAGACAAGAUCAUCCCCCGCGCCGUGGACUGGUUUUUGGGCCAAGUCGAUGACGACUCCGACUUUGAAGACUAUGACACCAACGAGGAGGAAUUCGACACGGAAGACUCGGAUGAAGAAGAUGACUCUUCAGAUGAGGACCUGCCUCGAUCUCACAAAGGUGCGGAGAAGGUAUCAAGACACGAGGGUUUAGGGUUUAGG